UUUGUCUUACUACAAACUGCCCUUUUUGUGCCUGUUACUCUAUGGCAGCGGAAUUCCAUGGUCUAUUACCAGCAGAAAGUGGAUGAAUACAAACAGAUAUCUCAUGGCAUAGAAAUUCUGUGCACAGGACCACAAAACGAGAAGAGUACAAGUCUACGUGGGCGGCACCAUCACCACAGUGGACGGAAUACUCGGGGUGCAAUGGAUAUUUUCAGAGAGAUCCUACUCGAACAGGAAAAAAUAAUGGAACAAAUCUGUGUGCGAAGAACCGAUUUAUGUCAGGCAGGACCGAAGGGAGAGAAAGGUGAUAAAGGCCCAACAGGAAUCAAAGGUCCAGCUGGGGACACAGUAAUGGGACCGAGAGGAGACACGGGCGUGGCUGGUUCGAAGGGAGACCCCGGGGAGCCGGGAUCUGGAGGACUCCCGGGAGAAAAGGGAGAUCUCGGUACGAGGGGUAACAACGGGACACACGGGACAACUGGAGAUGUUGGAGAAGCUGGGAUGAAGGGUGACCAAGGUGUAGCCGGAGGUCCCGGCGCUGUUGGUCAGAAGGGAGAGAGGGGCGUAGUCGGAAUCGCAGGCUCCGAAGGACCACGUGGUGACACGGGUGAUACUGGUAAUAAAGGUGUAAAUGGAACGGCUGGAACGGCAGGUGCCCGGGGAGACGAGGGUGUUAUUGGUAUUCCAGGAGCAGUACUCGAUAACGAGUGUCUGUGCUCUGUUCCUGGUCAUUAGUCAGACUGACUUCACACAGUCAAAUGGCUGUUAUCACUGAUGACCCUACAACACAUGGCAAAUUAACUAUUCAUUUUGUUUUCGUAAUAAAUGUAUGUAUUCGUUUUUCUUGUCAAAUAAAGAG